CGCUUAUACAUAGAGCAACACGUUAUGUUUCUCUUAUUGGUGAGAGUUAUAGUUAUAGCAGUCAGCAUCUUUUGGUUCAGUGUUUUCUUUAAACUAGACGAUUCAAUGGUAGCUCUAUCCACGUGGUGGUGUGCCAAGGCUACGGCUUUCAGGGCCGUGAUACUAGGCGCCCCUGCAUCCGGCAAGGGCACCAUGUCCUCUCGAAUUAUUAAACAAUUUAAAGUGGCUCACAUAUCUACCGGCGACAAAUUACGGCUACACAUGAAUAGUAACACCGAAUUGGGCAAAACCGUCUCGCAGUACGUGCUCACCGGCAAAUUCGUUCCCGACGAUGUAAUGAUAUCGCUGAUCGACAAAGAAAUUAAACUGGUCCCCAAUCAGAAUUGGCUGCUGGACGGAUUCCCAAGAACGUUAACGCAAGCGGAGAAGCUACAGAAAACGCAUCCGGUGAAUCUAGUGUUAUAUCUCGAAGUUCCUACCGAGGUGAUAUUGAAUCGCGUGAAAAACAGGUGGGUUCACUUACCCAGCGGCAGAGUCUAUAACGUCGGGUUCAACAGUCCAAAAGUGCCGGGAAAGGACGACGUAUCCGGCGAGCCGUUGUCUAAAAGGGAGGACGACAAGGUAGAGAUCGUACAGGAAAGAUUGGAGAGGUACGCGACGGCGACUGAACCGAUCUUAAAAUUCUAUCGUGACCUGGAAAUACUUAACACUUUUCGGGGCAACACCACGGACGAACUGUGGCCGCACGUUAAAAAGACUAUCGAAAAAUUUCUGUCGUAAAUCGUUAAGACAGGAGUUUGUACUUUUUGAGAAAGGAUAUAGAGUAAAACAUAGACAAUAGCAGAAUAGCCAUGUCGCAUGCUUCCAUUUGAUUAAAUACGCCGCAGCGGAUUAUAGUGUUGUUGUACACACGCACAAAGUACUAUCAUCGAAAUGUAGGUACGCGAACCGAUUUUUUGUAUAUUUUUCUGUAACUUUUGCAUAUGUAUAUUGCGCAAUGAUUUUGAAAGAUACUUUAAAUAUAUAUUUUUUACAAUCA